GUGUGCAGUGAAGUCAACAUUGGUUAGACCAGGACCAUGGAGCCCAGUGUUCUGCUCCUCCUUGCUCUCCUUGUGGGCUUCUUGUUACUCUUAGCCAGGGGACACCCAAAGUCCCGUGGCAACUUCCCACCAGGACCACGUCCCCUGCCCCUCUUGGGAAACCUCUUGCAGAUGGACAGAGGAGGCCUCCUCAAGUCUUUUAUUCAGCUUCGAGAAAAAUAUGGAGAUGUGUUCACAGUGCACCUGGGACCAAGGCCUGUGGUCAUGCUGUGUGGAACAGACACCAUAAGGGAGGCUCUGGUGGGCCAAGCUGAGGCUUUCUCUGGCUGGGGGACAGUUGCUGUCGUUGAGCCGACCUUCAAGGAAUAUGGUGUGAUUUUUGCCAAUGGGGAACGUUGGAAGACCCUUCGUAGAUUCUCUCUGGCCACCAUGAGAGACUUUGGGAUGGGAAAGAGGAGUGUGGAGGAGCGGAUUCAGGAGGAAGCCCAAUGUUUGGUGGAGGAACUACGGAAAUCCCAGGGAGCCCCCCUGGACCCCACGUUCCUCUUCCAGUGCAUCACGGCCAAUAUUAUCUGCUCCAUUGUGUUUGGAGAGCGCUUUGAGUACACAGACCGUCAGUUCUUGCGCCUGCUGGAGCUGUUCUAUCAGACCUUUUCACUCAUAAGCUCAUUCUCCAGCCAGAUGUUUGAGCUCUUCUCUGGCUUCCUGAAGUACUUUCCUGGUGCCCACAGACAAAUCUCCAAAAACCUGCAGGAACUCCUUGACUACAUUGGCCAUAGUGUGGAGAAGCACAGGGCCACCUUGGACCCCAGUGUUCCACGAGACUUCAUUGAUAUCUACCUUCUGCGCAUGGAGAAGGAGAAGUCCAACCAGCACACGGAGUUCCAUCACCAGAACCUCAUGAUGUCUGUACUCUCUCUCUUCUUUGCUGGCACUGAGACCAGCAGCACCACACUCCGCUAUGGUUUCCUGCUCAUGCUCAAGUACCCGCAUGUUGCAGAGAAAGUCCAAAAGGAGAUUGAUCAGGUGAUAGGCUCACACCGGCUACCAACCCUUGAUGACCGCACCAAAAUGUCAUAUACUGAUGCAGUCAUCCACGAGAUUCAGAGAUUUUCAGAUCUUAUACCUAUUGGAGUGCCACACAGAGUGACCAAAGAUACCAUGUUCCGAGGGUACCUGCUCCCUAAGAACACUGAGGUGUACCCCAUCCUGAGUUCAGCUCUCCAUGACCCACAGUACUUUGAACAACCGGACAGCUUCAAUCCUGAGCACUUUCUGGAUGCCAAUGGGGCACUGAAGAAAAGUGAAGCUUUUCUGCCCUUCUCUACGGGAAAGCGCAUUUGUCUUGGUGAAAGCAUUGCCCGCAACGAGUUGUUCCUUUUCUUCACGUCUAUCCUCCAGAACUUCUCGGUGGCAAGCCAUGUUGCUCCUAAGGACAUUGACCUCACUCCCAAGGAGAGUGGUAUUGGAAAAAUACCUCCAACGUACCAGAUCUGCUUCUUGGCCCGCUGAUUGGGUUGAGGCAGACAGGUGGCCCCAGUUCUGUUGAGAAUGGCUCUAUCUUUGAGCUUCUGAGAGACCUGCUGGAAACCAGUACUCCUAUUGUAUGUCUCCAAAUCUCCAGUGUUCCAAGGCAUGUUCUUCUUCCCUGUGAAUGGCACUGGAGAAAUCAAUCAACUGUCUUUCUUGAUGUGAAAAGAGACUUCUGGAGUCCACAUCUCAUGUUGAGUCACUUCCCUCUUCCCCCCCAAUAGCUCAAGUCCCCACUUAUCAGCUCUCCAUGAUCUGGGAUCUGUGCUAAUGGACUCUGUAUAAGGUCUGAAUUCUAUGUCUACAGACUUGCCUAUUAUGUAUGGUUCAGGUAAACAGAAUCACAUAGUGUGUGA